UGAAUCGGGAUAUAAUUUAGAUUCUUUCUGUUGGUAGUAUCUGGCAUCUGGCUGGGAUUUUAUUGUUGUUUGACAGGUUUAAGGUUUAAUGAAUUACAGUUUCUAAAUGUGGUUGAAAUUGUGGAAAUCAUGACACACUACUGGUGGAUGCAUUGGUUUUGGAUCACACUAUGGUUGUCCAUAACAUGCUGUGAGGAAAUACCAACCACUCCACUACAUUCCAUUUCGACUAAUUUAACUACCGAUGUGAGCAGUGAUUCAUAUCGCUCAGAAAAAGCAAUUUUCAACAUUGGAGGUUCACCCACCACCAUCUACCCAGUAUACACAAAAAAUACCACAGCACAAAACAACAUCACUCUAAAUAAGUUCACCAAACUUUCUUCUAAGAAUGUAGACUUUCAUUUUUCAACACUAACCAUAAAAAAUACAAAAGAUUAUAAAGAAACUGUGAUAAACCCAAUACAUACAACAGAUUUGAAUAACAUUUCUGAUAAUCAAAUGCCGAAUACAAGCUUUAAUGCAAUAAACUAUACUAAUAAUUUAACUUAUCUUGAAGAAGAAGUUAAUAAUAACCAGAGUUUGAGUCGAAAUUCGCAAAGGAUCGAUAUUGAAGAGGAUGAAGAUGAUCUAGCCACUUCAGAAGGAAAUCUCUCUGCAGCUGGGAUAACUGGCAUCACUUUAGGUUGUGUAGUUGCUGUAGGAAUGAUAUGCGGUAUUAGCUUUUUCUUAUAUCGGACCAGAGGAUUUAAUCGACCUCAAGUACUUAACGACCGUUGUAGCAAUCCUGAUUCUAGCGGAUACAUUGAUGAUGCUUCAGUAAGAGACAACUCUGAGGAGAUGUACAGUCUAGAUAAUGAUUCAUUUCUAAAUAGUCUUGAAGCCAUGACCAUUCAAAAUUAUUGGACAGAUACUGUUAAACAUACAAAACUUUAAUUUUAAGGAGUCCAAUAUUUUAAUUUUUGUACAUAAGAGGACUUAUUUUAAAUAUUUUAGAAUCUGUGAUGCAUAUCAAUAGUAGUUCGGAAUAAUAUGCUUGUGCAUUUAACAUGAUAAAUAUCGUCUUUUCAUAUAGAUCUGAUAUUUAUAUAAAUAUGUAUGUAAAUGUACUCGUGGUACCCCCGAUUUUAAUAUAUUUUUCUAAAAAUUGUACAGCAUUUAUAAGGCUUUUUAUGUUAUAGAUUUAAU